AUGCGCUGCUUGGUCUGCUUCGGCAGCAAUUCUGGAGUUUGGAACUUCCGCGACCCGGGCGACGUCAUGGGCUGCUAUCACUACCAAGCAUGUUACAACAACGUCGACAUCCGCGGGAUGGGAGCCGUUUGUUGCGAGAAUGGAAAUCCAGACGGGGCAACCUGCUAUGGUACAGCCGACUUUACCCUGGCAGAUCGCGCCACAAGAGAGGCGGCAGAUACCGUGUGUUCCGGCGACAUGUGCUGCAUUGGUUACCAGACGUGCUACACCGGGAAAGCCACGAACGUCGGUUCGCUUACUUGCAAAGGAUACCAAGCAUGCUACCAGUAUGACUUCUCAUUGGACGGUGAUCUGAUCUGUGAUGCCGACGCGCCGACAGAGUGUCCAAAGGACGAUGUGAGCUGCGAUGCCGACAACGAGGAUUGUCCAGUGGACAAUCACGGACAAACCUGUGCCAGCAGUUCAAACCAGUUCAGGUUCCAACCAACAGGCGAUGGCACGCAUUGUGUCCAGUGCAAAGGCCAAACUUCAUGCAAAGACUCCAACUUCUACUUUCCAGAAAACUCCAGCGUUUAUUUCUUCUGCGCAGACGGAGAAGGUGGCGACGCUUGCGAGGCAAUGGUGAUCCAAUUGGAAGCUGGGUCUUGCAUGGAGAUUAACCUAACGCAAGGCUCCGGAGAAGGUGCAAUCACAGUCAACAGGAGAGGCCCUGAUGAUAACGAGGGCUUGUGCUACUACACGGCGACUGGCCAAUCAUCGGCUACAGACUGGAAGCGCUCCAACGACACUUUCCCGAACCCCCCAUGUACCGAGCGAGACCCGAGCCAGAACAAGACAUGCGAUGCACGUUGGGCCGUAAAUGGUGUUCCCAGUUGCCUAGAACGGCAUUGUUGCGAGUUGGAGACCCCGGCGAACGGCAAAUACACCGAUUGCAAAGGAUGCUGUUCAAAGAGGACGACAUCAUCGACAACGACAACAACCAUAGCGCCCACAACGACAACGACCGCUGCACCAACCACAACAACGACAACUGUAGCACCAACAACGACGACAACAGCAGCACCAACAACCUCAACGACCGCAGCGCCCACAACGACAACGACUACCACAGCUCCAGCCACUACGACGACAACUACACCGCCUCCAACCACUACGACAACUACAGCGUCUCCCACGACUACGACGACAACUCCUGAGGAAACUACUACGACAACAACCUCAACAUCGACACCUUCACCCUCUCCUGACAUCACUACCAGUACCGCUGCUCCCACCACAACAACAACGACCGCAGCGCCCACAACGACAACGACUACCACAGCUCCAGCCACUACGACGACAACUACACCGCCUCCAACCACUACGACAACUACAGCGUCUCCAACGACUACGACGACAACUCCUGAGGAAACUACUACGACAACAACCUCAACAUCGACACCUUCACCCUCUCCUGACAUCACUACCAGUACCGCUGCGCCCACCCCCACCCCCACCACAACAACAACGACCGCAGCGCCCACAACGACAACGACUACCACAGCUCCAGCCACUACGACGACAACUACACCGCCUCCAACCACUACGACAACUACAGCGUCUCCAACGACUACGACGACAACUCCUGAGGAAACUACUACGACAACAACCUCAACAUCGACACCUUCACCCUCUCCUGACAUCACUACCAGUACCGCU